AUGUCAGAAGCCUUAAAGUUGGCAUCAAUGAUUACAAACAAUUCACCAGAUGCCAUACAAAUCACAAAAUUAGCAAUCUUAUUAUCACUUGAAUCAGGUUUGAUGACUGAAGCAGAACAAAAACUUUACAAUUCAUCAAAAAUUAAAAAAUGGAUUAGUGGUGAGAAUUUUUCAGAAGGCAUUUUGGCAUUUCGUGAAAAAC